AUGACCAGAUGUUCGUGUUAUUCUGUUUUCUGUGUUCUGACUCCGGUCCCCCUGACUUCACUGACACAGAGUGGCUGGACUUGCUCAAUGGGAUACGACAGUUAGCGUACCGUAAAGAGAAUCCUGUAACACGUGAGGAAGCACAGCAGACUCUGGACAGACUGAAGUCACGUGAUUACCUCUGGGAAGAUGAGGACAAGAUAACACAGGAUACAAAGGAUGAGACAAUGUACAGGAUAGCAUCAAUAGAACGUGUUAUACCAUUCUGGUACAGUAGUUAUGACACAGCCAGUAUGUAUCUAAGAUCAUCAGGAUACAAGAGAAAACCUGGAGAGAAGUGUGUCAGUGUUCCUGGUUUAGAUAGCUUACUGAUACUCCGUCUACAAAUGAACAUACUGACUCACGUCACCAUGGAGGACAAGGAGAUAUAUGAUGAGAUAAACAAGAUAUUGAAUGUUUCAAAAAAUCUCCUAAAAGACAGUGAAGAUAAAAAAGCAAAAUUAUUAACGGAUCUAAGAAAAGAAGGGGAGGCUGUUCAUUACAGAGGAAGAUCACAAAAAAGUGUAGAUCACGUGACGUGGCUCUGGAAAUCAACCAGACCUGACAUCGUGAGAUCCUGUAUAGGUCUACAUCAACACAAUGAUAUUUACAUCAUAGACAACAAAGCUUACAAGAAAACAAGUAAAUACCAUACCUUUUCGCCAGAAGUCAGAAAUUUGCUGUAUUGCUUACUGUUGACAGAGAAAUAUCAGCUGAACCUAGAUGAACAAUCACAAAACAUUACAAAAAACAAAAUAAGAGCUAAGUAUUGCCCUGGUUAUACUGAAGACGGCUUGAUAGAGCUUCCUGAUGGAAUCACGGAAACACAUAACGGUGUGAUAACGUUUAUAUCAGACGACAUCAGACAUGACGUCAUGUACACCUUUGUGACGGAGUGUCUGGUGGAGGACAGUGAUCUGGAGUUUUUCCUGACCUCGGCGUCACGUGACGUGAUCUCAGAAUACUGCCGGUCCUGGGAUUAUGAGAGGAGUGAGGGAGAGAGAUGUUUGUAUGUACCGGACGAGCUGGAGAAGAUGUACGACCUCUUCAUAGACAAACUACAGUUGGACAUCAUUACACACUGUACCAUGUCUGACAGGGGGAUUCAUGACAGUAUCAGUAAACUUUUAAACAUACCGGAGGAAAUUUUGAAGUGGGAUUUGAGUUCCAGAGAAAGAUUUGUCGAGAGUCUCCGCCAUGGAAGAAUAGAAAUGUUUCGUGCACGAGGUAUGAUUGUGGGAUGCGCAGGCGCAGGUAAAACAACUCUUCUUAGGAAGCUUCAAAGGAAAUACACAAAAGAUCAUCAACCCACAGAGACAACUAUUGGCCUCCAGGUUCAUGAAGAUUUGUUUGAAGUUAAAGAUGGCACUUUGCAUGAUUUCAGCGAUAAUGAGGGAAAUAUUCCUUCUGGAAGAAUUGUAUGGCCCGAUGAAGAGGAAAAACGAAUGGUUAUCCAUGGUAUUCAUCUUCACAGCAGUCGUGGUACAAAGCUGAUCAGUAUGACAGACUUUGCCGGACAAGUGGCUUAUUACGCAUGUCACCAGGUUUACUUGUCACGGAGAGCGUUCUAUAUUGUGGUCGUUGACAUGUCCAAGGGUCUGGAAGAUGAAGUGAGAAUUUACCACACUGAUCGUCAUAACCCCGAAGGAUCCUUGUUCCAUUCCUGGAAAUACAAAGACUACUUUCAUUACUGGUUGCAAUCCAUACAGACAUAUUGUGAUGUUGGAGAAACACACACAAUCCAGGAAAGCACAGAGUCAAGAUCCAGCGUUCAUCCUGUUAUAAUUGUUGCUUCUCAUGCAGAUGAAGUGAAAGAGGAUUUGCAGAAAGUGUUUUACGAGAAACUUGAGAAAUGCCUAUCUGAUGAACAAUCUUUGAAACACCUUAUAUCUCCGAACAGAUAUUUUAUCGUCGAAUGUCCACCAAAUGAAUUGUCACUAAAACAACAAGACUCGAUUGAACGCCUCAGAAAAUGUAUAACAGAAACUGUAGAAAUGAUGCCACAGUGGGGAGAGGUUAUUCCUCUGAAAUGGGCAAAUCUUGAGAAAGUUCUGAUUGAGAUGAAGGAAAAUGGAAGAAAGGUUAUUUCAGUACAAAAAAUAAAAGGAUUAAAAGACAUUGAUUUACCUAUUGAUAAAGAUCUUGAUGAUGGCCUUCGGUUCCUACACGAAAUAGGUCAAAUCGUUUAUUUUGCUGACGAGAAAAUGAAGAAUGUGAUAAUUGUUAACGUUCAGUGGUUUGUUGAUGCCUUCAAAUACAUCAUAACUGAUGAAAAACAUCUAGCUAGAAUAGUGAGCGAAAAUAUAUGGAUUAACACAGGAAGAAUUACUGCAUCUGAACUGAAAGAGAUAUGGAAAUAUACUAAAGAUAGCUCUUAUAUUCAGCAUAAAGAUGAUAUUUUACCAUACAUGGACAAACUAGGUUUAAUGACAGAAAUAAAGGGUGACUCUAGCGGUCAAACAUACUACAUACCGAGCAUGAACAGAACUGAAAUUACCGAUAACUGUCAACAUGCAAUCACCAAAGGACAGAAAACAUCGAUUAUGGUGUUCCAUUUCAAAACGUACUUGCCUCAUUUUUUCUUCUUUAGGCUUGUAGUAAACUGUUUAAAGGAAUGGAAGGCACUUGAUAUGGCGUUCUUUUGUAAGAAUGCUGCAUUCUACAUGGUAGAAGAUGCCAGCCACUACAUUGCUAUUGCUGUUAACAAAACUUCCAUCCAGUUACAGGUUUUUACUGCAGAUAAAGAUAUGAAACUGCAGUCAGAAUGCGUCAUACAGAUCAGAGAUACGGUGGAAAGUCUAAUUAACGAAAUAGCACAAACUUUUCACAGACACAUUAAAUAUGAGAGGGGGUUUUCUUGUACAGAUAUAAACAUUACAGAUGAGGAUGACGAAUUUUUUUUGAAAGAAAAUCAAAUAGAAGGAAUAAAAACAAUUACUGGGAAAGAAGAAAGACCAUGCCCUAAACAUGUUCUCCGAAAUCCACAUGAAAUCAACAAAUUCAAAAUGAUGCAAUUCUGGUUCAAUUAA